CCACUAUUUGGUGCAGUGCCACUUGGCGGUGAAACGUUUCACGUAUCACUGAGCGUCGAAUACUGUCCCAACGGCCCACUGAUAAGCCCUGUAUCGAUCGGCCGAGCGGCAUAAACAGCGUUUGCUCCGCUCUCUUUUUGGUCGGUUUGUCGAGCUCGCCGGUGGGUUAUCUUUCGCCGACCGGUAAUGUCCGUCCAACCGCCGUCGCAGUCGUAAGUUACCUGAGCCACAUCUCUGCGGGCCUGUACGAAAAUGGUCAAGACGUUCAUCGGUUGGAUUUGGAGGAAAUUGUGGUGGGCGUGGUAUCUGGCCAUUAUUUUGGUUGUGUGCUACACCAGGGAAUGUUUGCGGAAAAAAGCCAUCUGGGACGUAGUGGCAGUUUUUAUGGAUUCAUUGACACCAAAAUUUUACAUUGCUCUUACAGCAACUUCAUCAUUCAUCUCAGCUUUAAUAAUGAUUUUGGAAUGGAUAUAUUUCCAAAAGUAUGGAGUAUCAUUUAUUGAACAGUUUUCACUCAAUUAUAUUAGUCCAUGGAUUGGUGGAGGUAACGAUAAUAAUCAACAAGUACCAGAAUGUAAAGUAUGGAGGAAUCCAUUAGGACUUUUUCGCGGUGCAGAAUAUUCAAGAUACCACAAUGUUACCAAACGAGAACCUUUGACAUUUUACGAUAUGAAUUUAUCAGCUCAAGAUCAUCAGGCAUUUUUCAUUUGUGAUGCAGAUAAUGGAAAACCAGAUUACGAAAUAAUGCAAGCCGCAUGGAGAGAAAGGGUACCUGCUGCCAGAGUGAAAGCUGCACAUUUGGCUUUAGAAAAAAAUGCUGACUGUGUCACAGCUCUUAUCAUGUUAGCUGAAGAAGAAGCGCCAACUAUGUUAAAAGUAGAAAAAAUUUUACGUAAAGCUUUAAAACUAGCUGAAGCUAACUACAAAAAAACACAAAAAUCUCAUCAUCUGGAUUCUAAUAUUGAAAUGCAACACAGACGAGAUCUAAAUGUUUUGAUAUAUAUCAAAAGACGUAUAGCUAUGUGUUGUAGGAAACUAAGAAAGUUAAAAGAAGCUGUGAAAAUGUUUAGAGACUUAAGCAAGGAAAUGCCUCCGAUUAUGAACAUACUUAAUGUUCACGAAAACUUAAUAGAAGUACUAUUAGAAACGCAGUCAUAUGCCGAUGUACAAUCGGUACUAGCCAAAUACGAUGAUAUAAAUCUACCUAAAUCGGCGGUCAUCUGUUAUACUUCUGCAUUGUUAAAAAUCCGUGUUAUCGCUGACAAAUAUAAUGUAGGAAAUACAUUGAAAAAAGGACUUACCCAAGCAGAAGAAGUGGCACUUGAAGCUAUUCAUCGAGCUGUGGAAUUUAAUCCACAUGUUCCAAAAUAUUUACUGGAAAUGAAAUCAUACAUUUUCCCUCCUGAACACAUACUAAAAAGAGGAGAUUCGGAAGCUGUGGCGUACGCAUUUUUUCACUUAGCACACUGGAAACGGGUAAAAGGAGCAUUGGCCGUGCUUAGUGUAACAUGGGAAAGUGCAUUUAACCAAAUUCCCUACCCUUUAGAAAAAGGAUAUUUGUUCCAUCCCUAUCCCACAUGUACUGAAUUGGCCGACAGAGAGCUACUGCCAACUUAUCAUAAAGUAAGCGUUUUUCCAAAAAAGGAUUUGCCAUUCUUUAUUCAUUUUACGGCUGGACUAAGUUCCUUUUCAGCAUUACUCGCUCUGCUGAUAUAUCUCCAUCCACAGUUCACAGGAAAUCUUGUUUAUAUUAUAUGCAUGUGGAUUAUAGUACCAGUAAACUAUUGUCUUGAUCGUUUGGAGACAAUGCUUCCAAAUAAUGUAAUGGAUAUUCUCUCGAACAUUUGAUCUGGUUUAUACUUAGAGUAAAUUAUUCUUUAUUUCUUUGUAAAUAUAAUAUGUAUAAUGUGUGUGUGUAUAUAUAUAUACAUAACAAAGGAGAGCACAACGAUCUGACAUUGUAAUUUAUGAUCAUAAUAUUAUUUUAUUUAUAUAAUACCAGUUUUAAAUUAACAUUGAAUUGGAACUAGUCAAAUUAAAGCCAAGUUUAAAAUAAAUAUUGGUCAACCUGGGUCCAAUCCAUGGGACAAGUACAAGUGAUGAAUAAUAAUACUGGACAAACAGCUGUGAAGUAUUAAUAUAUGAAAUGUAAACUUAAAUUUAGCUUUUAUGUUUUUUUUAUUAGAGGUAAAAUUGCUUUUAAGUAUUUGUAAAAAAAAACUUCUCUAAUACAUGAUCGUGUUUUGAAAGUUA